AAUAGGCUAAUCCUUCUCAUUCUCCGAACGAAAUGCACAAUAUAUAUAGGGUGCUCUUCAAUCUGUUCUUCUAGACGAGAUAUAUUCAACCAUUCAAUCUUCAAUCCCAGUUGCGCUUACCAUGGAUUUCCAAGGAGAUGUGUUCGGUUACUGGGGUCGAAACAUCAUUGAAAAAUAUGAUGAUGCUCUCCUCAAACUCAUUGGCCCGCUCACCGCGACUGCUCUUGAAGAGACCUCACAGCUACCUGAACUCUCUCAGGAUGGUUAUGACCCCAUGCCAGGUACAGUUGGAAUUCUAGGCGCAGGAGUUGGUGGGCUAUACACUGCCCUCAUCCUGGAUUCGCUGAACAUUAAGUACGAGAUCUUGGAGGCGUCGGACCACACCGGCGGACGCCUCCUCACCUACAACUUCCCCAAUGGUGGAAAAUACGACUACUACGAUGUUGGCGCCAUGAGGUUUCCCCUGCCAAAGAAGGAUGCUCAAGGCAAUUACAAGAUUGGCAUUAUGAGGCGCUUGGGCGAGUUAAUCAACUACCCGAAGCUCAACACUACCCCGCGUCUGCCAUCCACUUUGGAUCUAUUCAAGGCACCCCUAAAAUCCAAACUUAUCGAUUAUCAUUUUACGUCAAAGAGACAAGGGUAUUUCCUCUACUUCAACACUCAACGUUAUCGGGUCCCUCAGACACCAUCGCGCCCUCCUGACUUCCAUGCUCGGGAUAUGGGUGUGGAUUCUCAGUACAUUGCCGCGGGAGUUGAGAAUAUUGUCGAGGACGUCAUUGGACCGUUCGCUAAGGACAUCAUUAAAGACAUAGAGCAGAAUGUCCAUUCGGGCUGGGACAACAUGCUGAAGCACGAUGCAUACUCGCUUCGUUCAUUCAUGUCAUUCAAGUACAUUCCCAGCGCCAGCCUCCAAAUUCCGCCCACGCAUCUUUCCACCAACGUCAUCAAUUGGUGUGAGACAUUCGAAAACAGCACAGGCUCGUACGACCGCGCCUUAACUGAAUCAGUUCUCGAGGCGUUGGCAUUCGCCAGUGUCGAGUCGCAGACCUUUGGAGACGUAGAAUGGAAGUGUUUCGAAGGCGGUUCUCAAGUGCUCACCGACUACAUGGCGGCAUACAUUACUAGUACUGCUAACGAUACCAAGCCUCUCAUCCAGUUCAAUAAGAAGGUCACGAGCAUCUCUCGGAGUGGCGCCGCAAUGAAUGUUUCUGUGAGAGGCGAAUCUAGCCCGCGCACAUAUUCACACGUUAUAUCGACUAUCCCUCUGCCGUGCCUGCGGGUGAUUGAACUCGAAAAUGCUGGUUUAAAUGUGAUGCAGACAAAUGCGUUGCGUAAACUGCAGUACGGUCCUUCAAUCAAGAUUGGCAUGCGCUUUCGAUCAGCGUGGUGGACCACUUUGGGUAUCAUAGGAGGCCAAUCAUCCACAGACCUUCCCAUUCGAACUAUCGUCUACCCCUCUCACGGGGCUGAAUCUAGCACGCCAUCCACAGUGCUUAUUGCGAGCUACUGUUGGACAAAUGAUGCAGAACGCUUGGGAGCUCUCAUCAACACUGGUAAGAAAGAGUAUGAGGAGCAACUGAAGGAACUCGUACUGCGCAAUCUCGCACAAGUACACGGCGAGCAAGCGAAUUAUGAUUUCUUGUUGGGUCAGUACGUAGACAUGCAUGCAUGGGACUGGAGCGACGACCCGCUCGUUAUGGGUGCCUUUGCGUUCUUUGGGCCCGGAGAUUUUCAGGAUUUAUACACGUCUCUCACCGCACCCAAUGCCAACAAGAGGCUCCAUUUCGCUGGAGAGGCUAUCAGCACCCGUCAUGCGUGGGUCGUCGGUGCAUUGGACAGCGCAUGGCGCGCAGUGUAUGAAUACCUGCUUUCAUCCAGACAGCAUGAUAAGAUUCAAAGAUUCUUCGAUCUGUGGGGCCAGAACGAAGAGUGGUCGGGCCGAUCCAAAUAUAGAAUUCUGCCCGGUGACCAUGGUCCAGUUGAUCUGGACAACACCAUAUUACGUGCUCACAUGGGAUACACAUAUGCUGGUGAACUUGCUGGAGAGGUGAAGUUUUGAAUAAGUAGUAGUUAGCUCGGUAACAAUCUGUAAACAUUACUCGCCUUGUAAGAUCAUUGAUGGUUAGCUCCUAGGAUGUUAAGUGCUAGUUGUGCUACCAGACCCUACUAGAAUGAAAAAAGUUGUUCCUUACACACA